UGUCAGCAUCAGAAGCAUAAUAGGGUUUCUAACUUGCCUCUGGAUCCUGUCUGCCAAGAAACUGUAAACCGAUAGAGAUGAACUGCAUCCUCAUCGCCGCUUGUGUCCUAGCUGCACUGUAUGCAAGUGCGGACGGUGCCUGUAACUAUUUGUCUUGCACUACAACUACAGCUACGUGCGAGGCGUACACAUCUUCCCUCGCGUGCAUGAAAGACGCUCUCAGCGGCUGUGACGUACCGGGGCUGAAGACCACGAUCAACAAUGCAAUAGCUGUUGCCACGACAACCAUGAAUAACAUCCCUGGAUGUGGUGCUGAUGCCGUGACAGGGAGCGUGGUGACCUUCGUGCUGUGUCUGAUCUCCACCAUCAUUGGAUCUAAGUAGCCUCAAGGGUUGAGAAACAUCAAGAGAUAUAACUUUACCUAGGGCGAUGUUAAGUAUCUCCAACGAUGCUAGUAGCGUGAAGCGAUUUUUAGGGUAAGGUUCCGUAUGUAAAUGACGUCAAGGAAAGUAAUUUAACGUCAGCCGAUAUCAAGUAACCUCAAGCGAUGUUAAGUAACGUCAGCGAUGUUAAGUAACGUCAAGCGAUGUAAGUAACGUCAUUGAUGUUUAGUAACGUCAACGAUGUUAGUAACAUCAGCGAUGUUAAGUAACUUUGGCGAUGUUUAGUAACGUCAAGCGAUGUUAAGUAACGUCAGCUAAGGUUUAAUAACGUCAGCGAUGUUAAGUUACGUCAAGCGAUGUUAAGUAACGUCAGCGAUAUUAAGUUACGUCAGCGAUGUUAAGUAACGUCAAGCGAUGUUAAGUAACGUCAGUGAUGUUUAGUAACGUCAAGCGAUGUUAAGUAACGUCAAUGAUGUUUAGUAAUGUCAAACAACGUCAUGCCCUGAUGCUCCUUCACGAGGAUUUCUUUACACAUUAUAAAUGUUUGUUUUCAAUUUGUUCUUUUUACACUCAUAAUAGAUACAUGUACGUAUGUAAUCGUUUUGCGUGAACUUUGUGUGUUGUCAUUGUUAGUGUAAAAUAUAAUACAUACUGAAGCGAGAAUACGGGAGCCUUUUGGGGCCUUUCGUUCUUUUUUUCUUGAAAUUUCAAGAUAAUAAGUUGAUACAUCAGUUGAAAUUUCAAGUUAAUA